GUGUCCUUUGCGUUGUUUGGGGUUGAAUGUUUCUCGAUAGCUUGGAUAGAAAUGAAAUAUCAUUAGCAUCAUUGUUUUCAGUGAUGCCAGUGAAUGCGUAAGGUUGAAUUGCCCGUUUUUAGAUUUAUUGAAUUCUUAAUAGACCAGACACAGUAAAGGUGUUUGGCAAUUGGCGAUGACGAACAGCUCCCUGCUAAAUACCCUGCGCCUGAUGACUGGUGUCACAAUGUGAUGCACACUGUGUCACUCGCAUCGCAAAUCUGCAGUUUCAGACUAGAAUAUCUGCCGCGAAAUACUCACGAUGAGUCUCAGCACGGGCAAACCGAUCAAAUCCCUCUACAUGGCAACCAGCCUGGACGGCCUGGACUCCUUCAUCUACCGAAAGCUGGACCUGGUGAAGGGUGCCCCGGCCCGAACAUGCUGUGCCACCGCCGACACCGUCUACAAAAGCGCCGCCGAGGCGCUGCGAGCGGGCGACGAAGAGCGCGCCUUCGUGCUCUUCAUGCGCUACAUGGAAAUACACAAUCAGAUCCGUAGCAAACCCGAGUACAAAAAGGAUGAGAAGUAUUAUAACAGCCUGUUGGGUAUGAAGAAGUUUGAACAGGCGCUGGGUGUGUGCGAACGUCUGCAGACGGACUUGAAGAACCGCUACGCCCUCAGGUUAGAAGAAGAGGAAGCCAAGAAGCUGAUUGAGAAGCAGGAGAGGCUGGCGAAGCAGGAGAAGCACGACAAGGCGGCGGCGCGGGGCGGUGGUAAAGCUGCGGUGGGUAAAUCCGCCAGCCACACGGCCGUCAUCCCGCCGGCUGCGGACGCGACGCCCUCGCCGGCCGCCGCCGCCGCCGACGUCGAGACUACCAUCUCGUGCACGGCGCUCAACUCGCUGAUCAAACAGGAGAGCACCUCGUACCUGAUCGUGGACGUGCGGCCGGCGGCCGAUUUUGCCGACUCACGACUGGUCUCUCGGUUCGUGGUGAGCGUGCCGGCCGAGAUGGUGCGCCCGGGGGUGACGGCGCCGGCGCUAGAGGCCCAGCUGCCCGAGCCCAGCCGGCAGCUGUUCGCGCGCCGCCGCACCGUCGACCGGCUGGUGCUGGUGGAUUGGAGCGGCUCAGAGGAGGCCGGUACUCCGCUGGACACUCUCCGGGACGCCAUGGUGAAGUGGGACACGGCAGCGUACUGCGCGCGGCCCGUCACCCUGGCUGGCGGCUACCAGAUGUGGCUGCACACCUACCCCAUGCUGACGACCAACCCGCAGGCGCGCGCGCCGUCCACCGCUCCUCGCCAGGCCGAAGUACCGCUCAGCUUCGAGUACCCGAGUCUAGAGGAGCCGACUCCGCCGCCCGCCGCCGGAACGGCUGCGGCGCCGUCGAUAGACCGCUCUGUGAAGCCGUCCGAUCCGCCGGCGGCUGGGCCCAGCCAGCCGACUGUCGGCGAUGUGGACCUGGAUGCCGCCACGCAGCGUGCCGACGAUCUCCUCGAGCGGAUUCGAAACCUGCGCGUCAGGCCGUCAGGAGGCGAGCGGCUGGCCUGGCCGCCAGCGUCCACCGGGAACCCGGCGCUCACACAGAUUUCACGACCUCAGCCGGCGUCUCAACCUUCCUCUCAGCCGUCGUCUCAAUCUUCCUCCCAGCCGUCAAAGCAGCCGGAGCGGGCGGCGGGCGCGCGGUCCGCCCGGCCGGGCGUGCCGUCCAGGGCGCUGAAGCCGCAGCUGGACGAGUCGGCCACCCGACAGCUGCUCGAGCUCAGCAAGAACCGGCUGGAGGCGGAGCGAGACUGGCAGCGCGUCCGGCAGUCUCGGGAGCAGCAGUUGGAGUCGGAAAUGCGGGCGCAACUCCAGCAGAAGGAGGAGAUACUGCUGGCCGAAAUCCAGCGGCUGGAGAAGGAGCAAACUGCCUGGGAGGCGCGCCAGGCUGACCUCAGAGCGGACAACGAGGCGCUGCGACUGCGGCUGGCGGCGUACGAGUCGCCCGCGGCGGUGACGGACGGCCCGGCCGCCGAGAGCGGCUCAGACGGGACGGCGUCCGACCGACGACUGCAGGAGCUGCAGGCCGAGCAGGCGCGGGUGGCCGAGCAGCUGGAGGCGGCGCAGAGGGCCCGGCAGCGCGACCAGGAGCGAGAGGAGACGCGCAGGAGGACGGAGAGAGAGGCGGCCGCGCGGGCCGAGGAGGACCGGCGGAGACGCGCGGAGGAUGAGGCCAAGAGAAAAGCGCUGGAGGAGGAGGCGAGGAGGAAGAGAUUGGAGGAGGAGGAGGCGCGGAAGAGGCGGCUGGAGGAGGAGGAGGAAGCCAAGCGGAGGAAACUGGCGGAGGAGGAGGCGAACCGCGCGCGACUGGCGGAAGAACAGGCGGCGGAGGAGCGGCGGCGGAGGCGGGCAGCUGCAGAGGAGCAGCGCCGACUGGAGGAGCAGGAGCGCCGGCUGGAGGAGCAGGAGCGGCGCCAGGAGCGGAGGGACGGCGAGACGCACCGCGCCCCGCUGCGGGGGGACGGCGGCGGCGGCGGCGGCAGGCUGAAGCGCUCCCACUCGUCACCGUUUAUCGCCGGACUCGGCCAGGAGCAGGCGGGCGCGCCGGCCGCCGAUCGCGCGCCGCCCGCCUUCAGCCGAGAGACCAAGCCGCUGGUGCGCACACAGCGCGGCGACGUGCAGGCGGCCCGGACUCGCCACUUCGCUCCGUCGUACGGCUCCGUGGCACCGGCCCUCACCGGGCUGAAGAACCUGGGUAACACCUGUUACAUGAACGCCGUGGUGCAGUGCAUAAACAACACGCCCGGCCUGAGCGAGUUCUUUGUCAACGAGAGAUACCAGGACUUUAUCAACUACGACAGCGAGCUGUCGCGCGGCGAGGCGGCGCAGGAGCUGGCCGCAGCCGUCAAGGUGCUCUGGAGCGGACACUACAGGUCAGUGGCGCUCUAUGACCUCAAGGACGUGAUGGGCCGGCACCACGGCCGGUUCCGCGGCUCGGCGCAGCAAGACGCGCACGAGUUUCUGAUGUACCUGCUCGACUUUCUGCACGAGGACCUGAACGAGGUGCACCGGAAACAGCCACUCAAAGAGCAGGAGAAUGACGGCGUCCCGGACGCUCGUGCCGCCAAGCUGGCCUGGGACGACUUCAAGGGCAGCAACCGGUCGUUCAUCCUGAACCUGUUCUGGGGGCAGCACAAGUCGACGCUGCGCUGCUCCCGCUGCGGCAACCAGUCGGUCAAGUUUGAGACGUUUUCACACCUCUCCGUGCCGAUGCCAGCCAGGUCGAGCCGAUGCUCCCUGAGCGAGUGUAUCCAGCUGUACAUGGCUGGAGACACCAUCAGUGGCUGGACCUGUCCAAAGUGCAAGAGCAGCAUCGAGGCCACCAAACGACUGGACAUCUGGCGCCUCCCGCCGGUGCUCAUCAUACACAUACAACGCUUCUAUAACGAUGGUCUGUGGAGGAAGAAGCAGUCGAACGUGCAGUUCCCUCUGGAGAACCUGGACAUGUCACCCUACGUCAUCAACAAGGAUGCGCGCUACCGCCACCACAAGUACCACCUGUACGGCGUGGUGAACCACUUUGGGUCGAUGGAGAGCGGCCACUACACGGCUUUCUGCCGCGCGCCCAACACGGGGCGCUGGCACAAGUUUGAUGACCACGAGGUGUACCAGCUGAACAGCGGCAGUGUGCAGAGCUCAGCCGGCUACAUUCUGUUCUACUCGGCCAUCGACGGAAGGCUGUAGGCACGGUCACUCUCGCUUGUGAUGUGAUCAAGAGUCAGACAUGAGACAUCCAAGCUCCCGUGUCGGCCGCCUUCCGGAGCCUAGUAGUUCCCCGUCCGACCGGCAGGCGGCUCUGGUGACGCCCGUGCAAUACGCCGACCGCCUCUGGGUGUCUUCCUGCCUCCGCAGCUGAACUAGCGCGCGUUCUACCGUGUGUGCUAAGCUCCUUCAUGCCUCUGGUGACUCGGUACGCGCAGCUGUUGACUGUUGGGACGACUCAGUUCGGUAGUUUCGUGCUCGAUGUAGUGGAGUCCGAUCGACACGCCUCGUACCGGGUGCGACUCCGUAUCGCUGCUUGCGCGACGAAUGCGACAGCCAUUGCGAUGUAUGCCAUUACUUCGCCUUCGGUAUGCAACUAUGUGUUCGGCGCUAGCGCCAUAGACUACGUAUAUCGGUAUUAUCGCACUGUGUUACUUGUAUGUGUUGUUCUCACUGCGUUUUGAUUCCGCGUCUUGUGUGACAGCACACACAGUUUGUGUUCCGGUGUUACUGCUCUUCCGUCGUGAUCCGAUGUUACAGAAGAAUGUACGAUUAUGCCAUGCUAUGACGUUGUUGCACUCACGCGAUGUAUAAUUGGCAGCCUUACAAGGUUUAUCAUACGUUGCCGAUCUAUAUCGAGAAGCGCCGUGUGCAUUAUCGCCUUGCCGCGGCGUGUUGUGAUGUUUCUCGGAGCCGGCGUGCGGCCCGCUCCGUUCUCAGGCUGUGUCCGCGGGCGCUGUGCCGCUCGUCUCUCGGUGUCUGUCGGUGACGUGCCUGUUCGGCGGCGCAUAGGGUCCGUUAGGUAAUGGUUGGCACCGUGGCGGGGUGAGGCGGCCGUGCCAGCUGGCCCGCACCCAGCUGGUGUUUGUGCGCCGCCGUCUGCAGCGGCCGGUGACGGACAGACGUGCACCGGUGACCCAGAGUCGCUCCCCGAUGACGCAACAUGUGCUGCGUCUUUGGUCUGGUCGGACUGGUGGACCGCUCCGCGAAUAUGGCAUUUACCGGGCGGACCAGAGAGCCUAGGCGUUUGACCGGCAACGCUCGCAUUUAUCGUGGAGUCUGCGCACGACUCCCGUUCGCUGGUCGCUAUUACGUGUGUGCAGAUCGUCGUAUUAUCCAAAUGUUCCACGGGGAGCGCAUAUUAUAUUAUAUAUGUAUAUACAACAUGUGAUAGCCCA